AUGUCGAUUUCAUAUUCUAAAACUCAGCUGCAGUUUUCCAAGAUUGCAACAUCCUCAUCCGCCCUCAAAAACAGAAACUCGAGAAAGGCGAAAACAACGCAGUCACCCGCCCACGGCAGAACCGACCUUUGUAUCCAAGAAGAGGCAAGAGUGAAAAAGGAGAAGGAAGCAAACACAAUUCAUCUCACCACCAAAGCUCCAAAAAGACACCGUCCUAAGCCGAACUCAUCUGCUGCUGCCAAUAAGGACAAUACUAAGGCUAACUCUCCUUCUAAAGGUUCUAACACUUUAGCUGGACUUCGUAAGCUAGAGGAAACCAAAUAG